AUGUUUAGAAAGGUUCUAAAGCUCCGCCCAAAAGUUUUAUCGUUCUUAUCUAUAAAAAUUGGGAAUGGAGAAAAUUCUUUCUUUUGGUGGGAUCCUUGGACUCCUUUUGGCUCCCUCAUCAAUUUCUUGGGUUCUCAAGGCCCUGCAAAUCUCGGAAUUCCUCUACAUUCACUUGUCAAAGAUUAUAUCUCAGGGGACGGUUGGAUCUUACCACCGGCGAGGUCUGACCUUCAAGUGGAGGUUUUCUCUUAUAUUUCCUCCAUCACGCCUUCUCUGGAAAGUGAUACGCCCAUCUGGAAGGUUGAUGACCAAAUCAUGGAUUCAUUUGUGGCAAAAGUGAUUUGGGGGAAAAUUCGUUUGUCCAAACCGGAAGUCUUAUGGCAUCCUCUUGUUUGGAAUAAAAUUGCAGUUCCAAAGCACGCUACAACAUCUUGGCUUUUUAUGUUAGACAGGAACCCAACUCUAAAUCGCUUGCAAAGGUGGGGACUCGAUGUUGAACCUACUUGCCUGUUGUGUGGGAUGGCUCAAGAAUCUAGGGACCAUCUCUUCUUCCUUUGCCCUUUCUCCAAUCACAUUUGGCUUCAGCUGAUGCAUCGGAUAAGACUCACAUCAGUCCCUUCAACUUGGUUGGACAUCGUAUCUUGGCUGUCUUUGGCCUCUUCCUCGAUUAUCUUAUCCUUAGCAAAGAGGCAAGAUUGGCAGGCUUGCAUUUAUGAGAUUUGGAAAGAGAGGAAUCGCAGGUUUCAUGAUGGAAUCACUCUCUCCUCUCACAAGAUUUUCCACAAAAUUUUGUGCUUGCUUAUAAACAAGUCUUUGGCUCUUAGAAACUUUGGAUCAAGUAGAGGUGAACCUCUGCUGAGACUGUGGUCCUCGGGUUCUCUCCAACGAGGACGCUGA